AACAGCGGAAGGAGAUCCUGGUCUGACAGAUCAUGUGACCCUCCCUCAGUGAGCACACACACACAAACACGUACCCAGACCGCCGUGUUUGGGUCCUGGUUGAUCUACUACGGUUCCGCGAUGCAGAACGUGUUUAACUCGGUGAAGGGUACGGCGCUGGGCGUCGCGGAGUUCCUAACCCCGGUGUUGAAGGAAUCCAAAUUCAAAGAGACCGGAGUCAUCACACCAGAGGAGUUUGUAGCUGCUGGCGAUCACCUGGUCCACCACUGUCCCACAUGGAAAUGGGCGGCGGGGGAGGAGUCGAAGGUGAAGCCGUACCUGCCCUCGGACAAACAGUUCCUCCUCACGCGCAACGUCCCGUGCUACAAGCGCUGUAAGCAGAUGGAGUAUUGUGACGAGCUGGAGGCCAUCAUCGAGGAGGACGAUGGGGACGGAGGCUGGGUGGACACCUACCACAACGCAGGUUUGCUUGGGGUCACGGAUGCUGUCAGAGACAUCUCACUGGAAAAUAAGGACAACCAGAACGUGAAGCUCGGGGGCCAUGGCAACGGAGGCGGCGACGAUGACGACGAUGACGAGGAGGAAGACGGGGAGGCGGCCGAUAUGGAAGAGUAUGAGGAGAGCGGUCUGUUGGAAACGGACGAGGCGACGUUGGACAUGAGCAAAAUGGCAGACUCCUUCAAAUCCAAAAUGGACACCGGUGGUGAGGACGCCAUCCUGCAGACCCGUACAUACGACCUCUACAUCACCUACGACAAAUACUACCAGACCCCGCGGCUCUGGCUGUUCGGCUACGACGAGGACCGACAGCCCCUUACGGUGGACCAGAUGUACGAGGACAUCAGCCAGGACCACGUAAAGAAGACGGUGACCAUCGAGAACCACCCCAACCUGCCCCCCCCUGCCAUGUGCUCCGUCCACCCUUGCAGACACGCGGAGGUGAUGAAGAAGAUCAUCGAGACCGUGGCGGAAGGCGGUGGGGAGCUCGGAGUCCACAUGUACCUCCUCAUCUUCCUCAAGUUCGUGCAGGCGGUCAUCCCCACCAUAGAGUACGACUACACGCGGCACUUCACCAUGUAGCGCCCAGCGGUGACCCCCCACGGCCCCCAAUGCCCGCAGGAUCUAGCUAGCAAAACAAGGAGUGUGUCGGGAGAAGUCUGCCCCCCAGUCUCCAGGAUUUGGUGCUGAAGGAGUUUGCGUCUCGGACGAUGACUUUGUGGAGUGAAGGGGGGCUGACUCUUCUGAAUCGGGGGAACUUUGACAAGCAACGAGCGACAUUCGUUUUGCUGACCAAUAGUGUCGUUUUGUGGCAUUUUGUUGUUUACUUGUUUUUCUGUGUUCAGAUUUAAUCUUGAUUUCUGCUGGUUUAGCAUCGAUUUUGUUUAACAUAAUAAAACAAAGGCCCUCUCCAGAAACUUUAAAAUGCUAUGUAUAUUAAGGACUAAUAUAAUCAUACAGUUAUCCCUGUGGGCGGGGCUUGAGUCUAUCCAUCCCUCAGAUUUGUCGCAAACUAAUCCGGAGCAUGCCCAUUGGCCACAGCUUUCCAUCAGUCACCUAUAACCACUAAUACUAUCUUAACAACAAUGAAAUAUAUUAACCCCAGAAGGGUCGUUUAAACGUCUAUCCAUAGUGGUUGCUCUCAGCCUGGAACUCAUCAAAGCUGGAGUGGUUACGAUUGGUUGUCAUGCCGACUGUCUUAAAGCUUCGUUCUUCUGAAUGUGUCGCUGUCCGAUCUCUUUCUGUCCGAUGUCGGGGAUCUCGCUAUCGUCCCCUCCAUCCUCUCCUUCGUUUCUUCCAGGGAAAUAUUUGUGUUUACAUGGUUUGGGGUGUCUCCUCCAGUUCUGAAUUUCCUUCCUUGCUUCUUGCUCGUUUUAGUUAAACUCUGCGUCCCGGCUAAAGUGUAACAACGUCCCAAACCAAACGCAGUCGUCGGUUACUGUCCCGUCGGGACACACCACUCUUCUCUCUUUUCUCUCUCCCUCUCUCUCCUCCUUCUCUCCACCUUCCUUCCUUCCCUCCCUCGCUCUCUCCUUUCCUCCCUCUCUCUCUCUUCCGUUCCUUCCCUCCCUCUCUUCUUCCUUCCUUCCUUCCUUUCCUCUCCCCCUUCCCUCUCUUUCUCUCCCCCUUUCUUCCCCGUCUCUCUCUCUCUCUCUCUCUCCUUCCUUCCUUCCUUCCCUCCCUCCCUCCUCCAUCUCCCCAUUAUUCCCUCUCUCCUUCAUCUCAAAGGGGUUGACGGUGCGAUUCCCUGACCCGCUACACAGUACUAUCUAUACUCCUGGCUGCUGACUGAACGCCCCAUCACCUGGUUCUAUCGGCUCAAUCCUUGUAAAUUAUACUCUGUGCUGCCCCCCCCCCCCCCCCCCCCCUCUCUAUAUCUAUAAGGUUGGCUGUUAACAGCCGAUCGUUUUAAAGUUAUGUACAUUUAUCAAUAAAUAUUUCUCCAAAUAC